AUGGCGGGUGAGGAGAAGCAGCUGGAUGAGCAAGAGACAGAGGCGAAGGAAGCCGUGACUGCAGCGGCCCAGAGGGUGCAGGAGGCCAUGGAUCGCGAGGACGUAGUGCUGGAGAAGUUGAAGGCAGCGAAGAUGGCCAAGGCGGAGGCGGCCGCUCACACCCACAAGGCAGCAGCUGGCCGCGGCGACGUGGAGAAGACGGUCAAGGUCCUGGAGCUUCACAUGGAAGGCAACCAGAAGGUGCUGGAGCUGGAGCGGAAGAAGAAGGAGGCCCAGGAAGCCGCCGAGGCGGCCAAGAAGGCAGCGGAAGAUGCCAAGAAGCUGGAGAAGCAGCUGGCGGAGGACACGGACGAGAGAAUCUUCACUCAUAGACAUCCACGACUCCAGGAGAGCAAGGCCGCUUUGGCAGAGCAGAAGGUCAAAGCCUCCGAGACGCUAAGGCCGGCGAGAGCGAUGGAAGGCUUCAGCGAGCGGGUGUUGUUUGCCUGUGAGUGA